AUGAAUAAAUCAGUAUCUGUGCUUGGUAAUGUUCUUUGGAGCGUUGCUCCAAAACUCGUACGAUACACAUCAUCGACUCGAGACGCAGGCUCAUUUACGAGAAAAGUUGCCGUUUUGGGUGCAUCCGGUGGUAUUGGACAACCUCUUUCAUUAUUGCUCAAAUUAAGCCCGUUGAUUAGUGAUUUAUCAUUGUAUGAUAUUCAACAUACGAAAGGUGUUGGAGCCGAUCUUAGUCAUAUUGAAACACGAGCCAAAGUGAAAGCAUACGUCGGUCAAGAACAGUUAGCUGAUGCAUUAAAAGGAAUGGAAUUAGUUUUAAUACCAGCUGGUGUGCCAAGAAAACCAGGUAUGACCAGAGACGAUUUAUUCAAUACAAAUGCAACAAUCGUCGCCGAUCUUGUUUCAUCAUGUGCUAAGAAUUGCCCACGAGCAUUGAUAGCUAUUAUUGCAAAUCCGGUUAAUUCAACUGUCCCAAUUGCUGCCGAAAUAAUGAAGCACCAUGGUGUGUAUGACGAAAAGAAAGUUAUUGGUGUAACGACUUUGGAUGUUGUUCGUGCAGCUACAUUUGUUGCUGAAGCCAAAGGUUUAGAUCCAACACGUGUUUUUGUACCAGUAAUUGGUGGACAUUCAGGCAACACCAUUAUUCCAUUAUUAUCACAAUUAUCGCCUCCUGUUUCAUUUUCGAAGCAAGAGUUAGAUAGUUUAACAAAACGCAUUCAAAAUGCUGGUACCGAAGUUGUCGAAGCAAAAGCUGGCACGGGUUCGGCGACGUUAUCAAUGGCUCAUGCUGCUGCACGAUUUACAUUUUCAGUACUAGAAGCAUUAGGUGGAAAAGAAGGCGUUGUUGAAUGCGGUUAUAUAUUAUCAAAAGAAACUGAAUUUAAAUAUUUUGCAACACCAUUGUCAUUUACUCGUAAUGGUGUUGAACGUUCGCACGGUAUUGGAAAAUUAUCAGAGUAUGAAACAAAGCUAAUGGAAGAAGCAAAAUCUGAAUUGAAUAGUAAUAUUAAAAAAGGAGAAGAAUUUGCUAAAGCGUAUCUACAGAAGCAAAAGAAAUGA